UUCGUUAUCACAGGCCGCGGUCCGAAAUGCGUUCACAGUGCUGAAAGCGUCCUCCAUCCUUGUUGCCUAUUACAUGUCGAAGAAAGAUAGAAGACGCUUUAGCACCGCGAGCGCAUUUCGGACCGCAGCCACAGAUGUAUGCGCGUUUCGCCGUUGCGUUAGUGGUUCUUCGUGAUCAUCAUAUAUUUAUACAACGCCUGCACCCUCGUACACUUUCUGCAGCCGAAAUAUUAAAGGUGCAAAAGGUGCAACGGGAUAAAGCGCGAAAAUAAGAUAUCGCAUCUCAGAACGAGAAAGAACUUUCGUUUACUUUAAUAUAAGAAAAUAAUAAAAAAACAAACGAGUCGACUGUUAUUCUAUUGUGUAACUUGAGUAACUGAGCUACCUACUUGGCUACGUCAAGACAGUCGUUCCCACGAGCAAAAUGAAAGGUUGGAUUAAACGUGACGAGGAAGGCAAAAUAAUCGUAGACAGCAACGGUCUCAUUACAAUUGCGUGCGAAGAUGACGACAUGGCAUUCCAACUGCAUUUAUCGGAGGUUGAAGUAAAAGGGCCACAAUUGUCUCUCAAUGUUAAUGGCAAGGAUGUAGACAUUGACAUUUAUCCAUGGGAUGUGGGUGAAAACGAUUCUGAAAAUGAUAAAGUGAUUGAGACCGAUGCAGUCAGCAUACCGUCAACGAGUAAAGGUGGGAAUGCCGUUUUUCCUUGGUGUGACUCCUCGACGAAGAUCUUCCUUAGGGAGUACAAACUUAAAAGGGAGCUAGUGAAAAAUCGGAAAUUGAAAAACAUGAAACUUGCGUAUCAGGAGAUAUCGCAAAGUUUGCAAGACAAUGGUUUUAACGUAUCUCCGCUGCAAGUGGAGAAUCGAUUCAAAACACUCAAACGUGCUUACAAGAACAUGAUGAUACACAAUAGAAGAAACGGAAGAGGAAAAUACAUCUGCAGUUACGAACAGGAUCUAGAUGAGAUUUUCUCUGCCAAGGAUCUUCUCGGUGAUCUGGAGAUGAAUGGCGAAGAGUUUGAAGCCGAGCAUACAAAAAGUACCAGAGGUCAAAAUACUCUCGUGAGGAACGCCACGUACAAUAUCGAGAAUGUAAAUAGUCUUAGCAAAAGUAAUACUAACAAGGAACAAUGUGCAAGAUUGGAAACCCAACAUUUAAAAAUCAUCGAUAGUUUACAAAGUUGUCAGCGUGCAUUAAAAAAUCUAAUCACUAAAAUGGAUAAUAGAAGUAAAAGUUCGAACGACGUGCAGCACAAGAUCUUACAAAUGUGCAUGGAGAUACGUGACAUGCACAAGGAGGCGUACGCCCGUGCCGAGGAACAGAGACAGAAGGCCAAUCUACAGAUGGAGAUAGGAAAUACUUUAUUGGAAGAAAUAUUAACGACCCUAAAGACGAAGAAAGAAACAUAAUGCAACAAGUCUCAAAUACACACAUCCUAUUUUUCUCUGUAAUAGUUUAAAUAACGAAAUUAAUUUAACUUAUUUGUUAAAUAUGAAUUUAUAGUGCGGACUAUAGAUGAUACUUUUCUCACUGUAUACUUUAUAAUUUCCUAAAAUGUAAAGCUGCUUAAUCGUUCUAA